AAAGUGAUAAUUCAGUUGAAAUAAUAGAUAUAAUAUCUAAUAAUAAUAAUGAACAGGAGAGCACAAAUAUAGAAUAUCCACCUACUGAUCCAGAAAGCUAUGCAAUUGUUUAUAAUUUUAUUGAAAGUAAUAAUUAUUCAUUGGCAAAUGAUGAUCAAACUCAAAAAGCAAUGAAAGAUAAAGCCCGAACUGUUUUCU